AGUGUGCCGAGGAUCAAAGUCGCGGGCCUCUAGCCGGCAUGCGAGACCGUCUCGCUGCUUGAAGGCCGUAACCGGGAAAAACGUGAUCGAAAGGGAGGACCGGUCGAGGAGGAGAGAAAAAGGGACAAAGGAAAACAGAACCGAAGAAAGGGAAAAACGAAAAGAACGAGGGAAAAGAAAAAACGAAAGAACGGAGGAAAGAGAAAAAGGAAGGAAAAAUUAACAGUUGCGUUUUUUUUUCUGGCUCCUGGUACCGGGAAGUUUUUUUCACGGCCGCGACCAUCGGGAAACGAUCUCGUGUCACAACGGAGGGAUCGCGACGUGGUAGAGAAAAAGAACGACAGAGGAGACGGAAGAAGAGAAAAGAGAGGAAAAAACGACAGGAACGAGAGCCACAGACGGGACACACGUUUCGCGCGUUUGUCGUUCGUCACGUCACAUCUUGCCCGCCGUGAUCACGCGAACGUGCGCGCUUCGAAUCUACAUUACGUUCUAUACGACACCUAACCACCUACGUGCACGCGUCUGUACGUACGCGGGACGGACACGCGCGUGUAUACGUGUACGUGAAUAUCGUCCGCAUAAAAGACGUGGAAGGAGGAAUAGAGGGAAAAGAAAAAAGAAAAAGAUAUAUAUUUAUAUAUACAUAUAUAUAUACACAUAUAUAUAUACAUUACGUGUAUAUAUAUAUAUACGUACACGGUGACAAAACGCGUGACGAAAAAACAGUGUAAAUGGCGCUCUCCGCACAGAACCAGUCGACGUCGUACGUGAACUUAUAUUACUCGAUCGUCCAACGUGCGGCGACACGCUACUUUAAGGAAUAUUACAACUCCGAUACUGGCGCGCCCUACGUAUUAUACAAGGACAACAUGGAGAGACCCCAGGGGCAAUGGGGCCCCGGGCCGGGAUCUCUCCAGGACGGGGGACUGUACCCGCAGCAACAGCAACAACAGCAACAGCAGGGCUCCUCCUCGUCCGGCAGUCCACAGCAGGCCUGUGGUCCUCCUGUCGAGGGAGAAAGCGGUCCCCCGCCUUCGUUGGCCUCUCCCGUGCCCUCACCGUACCCCUCGGCACCGCCUGAGCCUCAAGCCUUAACCCCACCUGACGACGAUAUACAAUCGAAUCAAGCCACCUCUCAGCAGCAACAACAACAACAGCAGCAGCAGCAACAACAACAACAACAGACGCAACAGCAAGUUCAGCAGCAGCAGCAGCAACAACAACAACAACAAGUUCAGCAGCAACAGCAGCAGCAACAACAACAGCAGACGCAACAACAGGAUCACUCGCCUCAACAACAACUAACGCCUCACGAGGUGGAUCGCAGUGAUUGCUUCCCCGGCGCUGGAGAGUUGCAGCAAUAUCCACAGCACUAUUUCAAGGAUGCCAGGCCGCAUCCGUCGCCGUCGGUACCCCCGCACAUGCUCACCCCCGGUGGCUUCUCCGCGUUACACUAUCUCAAGCAACCAGGCGUCAUGCUGACGUCCCUCGGCCAGGGUGACGGCGGACCCAGUUUGGAUGCUCACCAAUACGCAAGUCCCGGGGCGCCAAACAUGGCGACUGGGUUGCCGGAUAUCGUGCAACAGAGCGGCAAGUCCGGGAAAGGGGCGAACAGCGAUCUACGUUUGUUCAAGUGUCUGACGUGCGGGAAAGAUUUUAAGCAGAAGUCGACGCUGCUUCAACACGAGCGGAUCCAUACGGACAGUCGGCCAUACGGGUGUCCAGAAUGCGGGAAGCGGUUCAGGCAACAAUCGCAUCUAACGCAGCACCUGCGCAUACACGCGAACGAGAAGCCGUAUGCUUGCGUGUACUGCGAGCGUACGUUCCGGCAGCGUGCGAUCCUCAACCAGCAUCUGCGCAUCCACUCGGGUGAGAAGCCAUACCAAUGUCCGGAGUGCGGAAAACACUUCCGUCAGAAGGCGAUCCUGAAUCAGCACGUCCGCACACACCAAGACGUGAGUCCGCAUCUGAUCUUCAAGAAUGGAAUGACGCCAACACUCUGGCCGCAGGAUGUUCCAUUUCCACCGGAGGAGGGCAAGGAGGAGGUGGCAUCGACGUUCGGCGACACGGACACACAGUCGGGCGCGUUCAGUCCGGCGCCGGACGCGAAUUCCAUCCAGUAUCCCGCUUACUUCAAGGACCCGAAGGGCGGGAAUCACGCGGUUUUCGGUGCCGGCGGCGCAGGUAGCUUCGGUGCUCUGCAGUAUAUCAAGCAACAGGGCGGUAGUAAGAGUUGUUUACCGGACGUGAUACAGCACGGCCGCUCCGCGGGGAUGCCGUUGUACGUGCGAUGUCCGAUCUGUCAGAAGGAAUUUAAGCAAAAAUCGACGCUGCUGCAGCACGGCUGCAUACACAUUGAAUCGCGACCGUAUCCUUGCCCGGAGUGCGGCAAAAGGUUCAGGCAACAAUCGCACUUGACCCAACACCUUCGCAUUCACACGAACGAAAAGCCGUACGGCUGCGUUUAUUGCGGCCGCAACUUCCGUCAACGUACCAUCCUGAAUCAACAUUUGCGCAUUCAUACCGGCGAGAAGCCGUACAAGUGUCAACAGUGCGGCAAAGAUUUCCGUCAGAAGGCGAUACUGGAUCAGCACACGCGCACCCAUCAGGGUGACCGGCCGUUUUGCUGUCCGAUGCCAAACUGCAGGCGGCGUUUCGCCACCGAGCCAGAGGUGAAGAAGCACAUCGACAACCAUAUGAAUCCGCACGCGGCCAAGGUGCGUAGGAACUCGAGCAGCGACUCGAAACCACCCGGUACACCGGCUGGUUUAGGCCCUGUCCCUGCGAACGGGGUAUCCGUUGCCGGCGAAUUCAAACCACCGACCGGUCUGCCGCCGCAGUGA